AAAUUUGGAAAAUACUACCAAUGGCGUUCAUAAAAUUUAUAUGCAUAUUAAUCAUCACUGUUUCGCUGAUAAUAACUGGUAAAGGUGAGGACGCUGAAAGUGUUUUAUCUAUGCAAAAGCAUAUUGGUGGUGCAGAAAAACUUGUUACUUUGAAAAGGAUUAUUCGUGAUGUUGAGACUGGGUCUGGUGAAACUGCGACCGACGAAGAACAAAAUAUAUUGAGGAAACACACUGAUGUGCAUGUGUUCAGCAACGACAGCAACCCAUCAAUAUCUCUAAUAUGGACUGGUACAGAAGGUGCCUUAAUUGCUUUAACAACAAUGGGAAAUGGGAUAACCUUAAUUCCAUCAAGGCUUUACAGAAGUUCUAACUUUGGAAGAUCUUUUGUGGACAUAUCAGACAAAAUCGAGCAUGAUAGAAUUCUGAACAAUCAUGGAAUGCUUGUCAGCCCAGUUGAUUCCAACAAUGUGAUGUUGGUCACUGAUCAGAGUUUUUCCCUAUUUGCUCGUGGGAUGGAUUACAGGAGCGUUGUGUAUAUUACUACAGAUAAUGGUCAAAGUUUUUCGAAGAGUAAACUCAAGUUUAUAAUUGAUCCUAGUUCUGUCUAUUUCAACAAAUAUGAUACUUUGAAAAUCUUGGCAAUUUCAUCUGACAACCAUGGCUUGUGGAUUUCUUAUGAUUUUGGUUUGGUAUGGCGACAUAUAUCUGAUCAUGUGAUUCAAGUAAGAUGGGAUCCUACAGAUAAAGACACAUUUUAUUAUGCAAAAGAUCCAACUGGGAGCAUGAUUUCUGGUGCCUUCAAUAAUGAAUUGUAUCGCGGUAAAGCAUCGUAUAUAGAAUCAACAAAAAUUGCGGAACAUAUUUAUAGCUUUGGUGUUCAAGGUGGAUUCAUCUUUAUAUCAGUGGAAUUUCUUUCUCACAAUGGAAGUAGAGUGAUGCAUGUGUCAAAAGAUAAAGGUGUGACGUGGGAUGCGGCUCAGAUACCUUUAAUAAACAAACAACAGUUUUAUUCUUUACUUGACAUGUCUGAAGAUAUGGUAUUUGUGCAUGUGGAUGCAGAUGGAGGUUCAGGUGAUGGAAGUAUUUAUACUUCAGAUGAACGAGGUAUUAUUUAUUCAAAAUCACUCGACCAUCAUUUGUAUCCAAGUUUAGGAAGCGUGACUGAUUUCUAUAAGGUUUCUAGUCUCGAAGGUGUUUACAUAACAUCACAACUCGAACAUCAAGGCUCAACUAUUCAUUCAAUGAUUACUUACAAUAAAGGAGGAACAUGGCAAAAUAUUGAUUCGCCAAAAAACAGCGUUUGUCCUCCUACUGAGAAAGUGUGCUUUCUUCAAAUUCACAGUUUGUUUAGUCGAUCAAAAGGUGUAGCAAUACCUGAGUUUCCUAAAUCUUCUGCCAGUGCUACUGGAAUCAUCAUUGCUCAUGGAAAUAUAGGCGACGCAUUGAAUUUUAAUACUCCCGAUGUAUAUAUUUCAAAUGACGGUGGAUAUUCAUGGCUUCAACCUCCACAUUUGAAAGGUCCUCAAUUCUAUGCUAUUGGAGAUUCUGGUGGAUUGUUAUUUGCCGUCAACUAUUCAAAAUCGGUUCCUACUAACGUUAUAAAAUAUUCUAUGGAUGAAGGCCAAUCAUGGGAAGAAUACAAAUUCGUAGAUUCGCCUAUCCUAGUAACAGGCCUUUCCGUUGAACCAGGUUCACGUAGUACAAGCUUAGGUUUAUGGGGAUGGGAUAAGAGUGGUGAUGGAGCAUGGAGAUCUAUUACUAUGGAUUUCUCAGCUAUUAUGAAGAAACCUUGUCAAAAGAGUGAUUAUCAAGACUGGAAAGCUCAUGAAUCGAACAAAGAAUAUGGAGAAGAUAGUUGUCUUCUAGGUGCUGAUGUGAUUUUCAAUAGAAGGAAGAAAGGUACUGUUUGUAUCAAUGGCAAACAAUAUCAGAAUGCAGUAACGUUGAAGCCAUGUCAAUGCCAGAAGACAGAUUAUUUGUGUGAUUAUGGUUAUGUUCGAGAAGGCUUCGAUUGUGUCAGGGAUGGAGAUUUUCAGGCAACACAUAUAGAUAUUUGUAAGAAAGAUCAAGAUGAAAUCAUAAAAACAAAAGGUUACCGAAAAAUACCAGGAGAUAAAUGUCAAGGCGGUUUCACUCCAAAUUCACAAGUCAUUCCUUUGCAUAAAAAGUGUAAACCUAGUGAAGAGAAGAAAGAUGAUUUUGGUGUCGAUAAGGAUAAUUUUUCACAAUAUCAUCCACCUGGAGAAACAAAGAAAUCGACAUCUCCAGGAGUAAUAGUUUUCUUGGUAUUUGUUGUCGUUGUUCUCAUCCUUGCACUUGUAUAUAUUGUCAGAAAACGUCAAAUGAGUGGAAAACGAGUAAAGUAUGUUCCGUUACCAACAUCUGAACAUGCAGCGAGUUAUGGUACUGGAGCAGAAUCGAACUCACUUAUGGAUGUGGAAGAUGGUGCUGUGAAUGGUACAACGCCUCGUCCAAAUGGAAAUAGUAGCAUUUCAUAUCAUGAUGAUUCAGAUGAGGACAUGUUGAUUAGUUGAUGAGAUAAUAGUUGUGUAUCCGUCCGGCAUUUGUGCAGUACUAUCGUCUUCUCAGCCAAUAGAUAUUGUCGCUGUAGUAGAAGAGUUAGAUUUUGUUCACUGAUAUUAUGCAAUGUAUAUUUAUUUAAUUUUGCUUGAAAAUAUUCUUCACCAAAGCCCAAUACUGUCAUUUCAACAACCUUGACAUACGUGCUUUUCAAGACAUUACCCCACAUCACAUGUGCCUUUUUGAUGACAAAUGAGUGGGCAGUCUCUUGAAAAACAUAAAUGUUUGAAACAAUGCCUGCAGUCUUGGAAGAACAGGCACCUAUAGUAAUUAUUUUUUUGGAACUCCCGUAGUGUGUGUACCAAGUUGGGGUUAGACCAUUAUUUUAUUAUGAUUUUCUUUAUUUUAGUUCUGUUAGAGUUCCAUGUUAGCCAAGUGAAUUUACCCCUUGCCCAUAGCUUUCCAUUCCUUUACACAACCUGAUGUGGAAUAGGCGAACAAAAUUAGUUACCUCUAUAUUGGUACACAAACUUCUGGAGCGCCUAUUUUUUGAUCUAUCUGAACACAAAGAUUUAUAUUAAGUAGAUUUGAUUCUUCAUCUGUGAAGGGUCGUGAGUUUUGAAUAGAUCGUUAAAAGUUGGACACAAAGUAAUAUUAAUGUACUACAGGGGUGUGAAAAUCUGCCAAAUGCGGCCCACAAGGAAAAAUUGUGGGGCCCACGGGGAAGUGCCAAUUUGGAAUCGCGUGCAGCUCACGAAAUGAGUUUUUAAUUUAGUUUAAUCUGGUACGUGCUAGUAUUCCAAUCCCUUGGCCUCGCAAAGCCUAUAACACAGAGUCCAUUUAUUAUCUAUGAUGUUACAGUUUCCUUUUUGUGCCUGCAGCUAAUAGAAAGCCCAAUAUCUUGGAUAAAGGUGCGGCCCACGGUUUCAACCAGUUAUUUGUAUUUGGCCCCGCUGUAUUAAAAGUUGCACAUUCCUGAUGUAAUAUAUUGAUUAAGCAGUCUUGCCAGAAAUAUAUGGAAAUUGUCAUUUAUUUUGUAAUUAUUCUUGCUAUUGCAUUAUAUGUGCUUUGUGGUGGCACACAGUCGGGCAAAGUUGAAAUAUGUUUUGGAGAAUGUUCAACUAUCCUUAUUUACUCAAAGAAAUAUGUUCUACUUUUUUCUAUAUAUCUAUUUGAGUUUUGAUUAGACUAUUCUCAGCCCAAAUAUACCCUUCUGGAUCAUGGAACCCUGUCCGAGUUUCUCAAAGUCUUUUUUCAAAUGCUUCUCAAAGCUUUUUAAUUUGACUGAAUUCAGUAAAUAUUUCUAUUAUAGUUAACAUGGUAGGUAGAAUGCAGUUCUGCUGCAAUUUGGUCUACAUGCAAGCUCGUAAUCUAAUCGUGGUCACCCAUAUGUUACUGCACUCAAGUUUAUGUUUAUGUGUUUUUAAAGAAUUAUUAAAUUCGUCGCAGUUGACGUACUUGCAUUACCUCUCGUUUAAUUUUGUGCAGGUUCAAGUUUUAUGGUUUUCUACCAUGUGGUUCCUUAGUUUCUUCAUUUGCAGUGUUUAUUGGUUCAACAAAAAUUUUCAAAUAAUAAUAUUUGCUUGGUCAUGGCGUAGCAUGACAACCAUUACCGGUACCCUGUAUCAUUAAUUACCCAUAGUAUUAAGAUAUGAUCUGUACUGAGCUAUUUCAUUAGUUAUAUUCACAAUUUUGGUAUUUGAAAUGUGGUGCUUGUGAAGAACUUUUGUUUUUUUUUGUGGCCUUCCUACGAAAAUAUAAUGCUAUUGAUAGAGGCUGCUGUGAAAAA